AUGAUUGGCGGUUUAGCAUCUGGUUGGUUUGCUGAUCGAAUGGGACGUAAAGGUGCAUUACUUUUCAACAAUAUUAUUGCGGUAAUUGCUGCUGUGUUUAUGACUGGUGCAAAAUAUGUUAAUGCUUACCCAUUAAUUAUUAUUGGCCGUAUUGUUAUUGGAAUACAUUCAGGGUUAAGCACUGGUUUAGUGCCAAUGUAUCUCACCGAAAUAUCACCAAUCAAUCUUCGCGGAACACUUGGUAGUGCUCAUCAACUACUAAUUACAAUUGCUAUUCUUUUUUCCCAGAUCAUUGGAUUACCAAGUGUAUUGGGUAGUAUGGAACGUUGGCCUAUGAUUUUUGGUUUUACUAUUGUUCCGGUCAUUGCACAAAUUUGCAUUUUUACUGCAUGCCCAGAAUCACCUAAGUACAAUUUGAUCGUGAAAAAGCGAACCGAACAAGCCGAGACUGAUCUGAAAAAAUUAAGAGGAAAAGAGAAUAUAAAGAUUGAUAUCAUGAAAGAAGAAGCGGCAGUUAUUUCAUCGAUGGAAAAAAUUGGUAUAGCUGAUUUAUUCAAAGGUGAAUAUGCUUGGCCAAUGUUUAUUGCAAUUAUGAUGAUGUGCGGUCAACAACUAUCGGGUAUAAAUGUGGCAAUGUUCUUUUCCACAAAAAUUUUCUCAGAUGCUGGUCUUGGCGAAGGAGCUCUUUAUGCAACUCUUGGCAUGGGAGCUCUCAAUGUUGCAAUGACUUUCAUCUCUGUUUAUCUAGUUGAUCAUCCAAAAUGUGGUCGUCGGCUUUUACUAAUGAUUGGUUUCCUUGGCAUGCUGAUCACUUCAGUAUUGCUUGUUAUUUCUCUUUCUCUUUAUGCUAAGGAUAGCAAAGUAUACGGCUUUACGGCAUAUGCAUCCAUGGUCUUUGUAUUUCUUUUUGUUAUUUCUUUUGCUACUGGACCUGGCUCAAUCCCUUGGUUUUUUGUUUCGGAAUUAUUCUCAUCUGCAGCUCGUGGUAAUGCGAAUUCGAUAGCUGUUAUGGUCAAUUGGACAGCGAACUUUAUUGUUGGAACUAGUUUCGAGUCUCUGACUCAACUUUUGCACCGAUUCACUUUUCUUGUAUUUUCGGCCUUCUUGGCCUUCUUCCUGUUCUUCGUUUGGAUGUAUGUACCGGAAACAAAAGGUCGUACGGUGGAGGAUAUAAACGCUGAGUUUCGUCUUGGAAAAUCUCGUUUCGCUCGUAGCCAGAAGCUUUAA